AUGACACAUCAGCGUCCACAUGGCUCAUCAGAGAACGUACUUGAAUAUGCCCUUUUGGCAAUAAAUCAGAGUAGAAUUAACUGCGUACAUAAAAAUGUUCCCUUUGAGGAAUCCUACCUGAUUAAGAAGAAGAAGUAUGAUCACCUGCUAGACUUGAAGUUUUGCCACCUCAGGCGAGGGUCAACUGCCACCGAUUCGUCCACUAGCCCAGUUGGAGGGGUAGUUAGUGGUGGCUGUGACGAGGAUGUUGGUGACGAUGGCCAUGGAGUUGACCGUGGUGGUGGUGGUAGCCCCCCUUGCCACCAUGGCAAUCUUGCCGGGAUUCUACCUAUUCGAAACAGAGCAGGCGGGCAGGGACAUAACAGCGCGUACUUCAUCCUGAGACAAUGGUGUGAGAAGUUUGACAAGGGAUACGACUCUCAUCGGGAAGGAAAUCUCAAAAGAGGAGACAACCUCAGCGAACAAGAGUAUGAAUUCAAGGGGAGAAGAGGACCAAGUUGCGAGCGAACCCACUUCCCAAUCAGCUACGUUAUCAUAGCAACACAUCGACACGGAAACGGUAGUGCCCCUUGUUCAUAUGGAGAAAUGACGGUGGAAAUCCCCAACUACGAUGUCGAAGUGGAUGGAUUCUAUGUCCAGAUUCAUGUCGACCCAAAUGAAGAGGACAUAUUCAUCCUAUCAAGCAAAGAAAUUAUCCUCAUAAAAAAAAAAGAGAGAGAAAAAAAAAAAGGUCCGAUUCGUGGAGAGUACCUAUUACACAACAAACAUUUGAACAUUCCAUCCAAGAGAAAAAUUAUUAAAGCCGACUGGUUCCAAAAAUCUGCUCAUGUAAUAUCCCUACUAACGUAUGAACAUAUGGAGGCAUCUAAAUUUUACACCUUUAAAUUUAAAUCCGUAAUUCGCCUAAUUAAUGUAGAAGGAGAAAUAAAGGAGGAAGUAAAAAUAGUCGUUCCUGAUAUGGAUGUUAUUCUUCGUAAGUUGAAAAAUGAAAAGUUGGAAGACAUAAAGAAGGAUCUGUACAAAAUGGAGAAGAUCAAUUCGUCUGUCCAUGAGGGAGAGGUCGUGUCUGGUGAAAGUGGCACUGAACAGAUCCAGAGGAGGGGGCAUCAACAGUAUCAUGGUAACAAUGUACAAGGAGUAGAAACUCCUCCAAAUAAUAAUAAAUUAAAUGGUCUACAAGGCCAAAAUGAUCAAGAUGGACACACUAAUAUAAGCUCAGUAGAAACACAUGGGGAGGGGAAAAACUCAUCUAGCAGUCAUCCCAUAUGUAGUGAUUUAGCAGUUGUCUCACCAAAAAGUAGAACCGAUCUCGCUUUUGACCACGUCUUAAGAAAAGGAAGAAAACAACUAGCUAAAAAGAACAAGUACAAAAAUUUGGUAGUAGAUUACUGCUUUGGUUACCCCAGUGAAAAUAUCCCCUGGAUAGAAACCUGCCUCUUUGUUCUUUUAAAAGAUGGAAUAAUAUUAAUAUACACCCCGAUAAUCACGAAUGAGUGGUACAUCAGCUACUUCCUGAUGCAUGAAUUGAAUAGGAUUCGGCAGAGGGGGAUGGAAAAUGGCGGAGGCACCAAUGGAGAGCCAUCCGAUGCGCAAGGAGGUGAUGAUGAAAAAAUGGAUGAAGAGUAUGCGGAAGAUUUCCUCUCCCAUUAUAAUCACUUCCGAGGUGUCUCCGUGAGGGAGUACAGGGCGAAGGACGUGUGGGUGUGUUUCAAUCGUGGGGAGGAACACUCUGGGGUAGUCACUGGCAAUUCUCCUGGUGGUCGUCAUGCCAAUGAUCAUCGCCGAAAUGAUGGUCGCUCCGGGGCCGCCUUUUCCUACAUCCCCUAUGUGAUCAAAUGUAUGAGGAGGUCCAGCUACCGCAGCAUUGGCCUGCUUUACUGCAACCAUCUUGUGUUCAUCAUCGUCACGGAUAAGUUCGGGUAUGUGUCCUUCGUCGUGCUAAACUAUUUGAUUACUCCCCACAUUGUCUUACCCACACCUGGACAUAGCGAAGCGGACACUGGAAACACAUUCAAGAAAGCGAUAAACUUUUUAUCAGUGAAGAAAAAAAAAGAAUCCUUUUUUUUUAACAUUUUCAAUUUGAAAGAUAAUGCUAUUUUCGAAAAUUUGUCUUCAGCAGAUUUGGCGAAUUUGGUUAAUCGGGAUCGGUACGAUGAAUACUAUCGGCGUGUGAAGAAUAGUAGCUACGAGAUGGCUUCUCUCAUAGGCAAGAUGUCCCAAAGGAGUGCAGCCAUGGAGUGCGCAAACAUGGAGGAGGUCUGUCAUCAGGGGGGUGAAAAUAACAACGGUGUUGACUGUAAUGGUGGCGAUGUCGGUACCUCCCUGCAGGGGGAUGCUCACCAUAUGCAACACCAAGGUGGCGCAAACAUGGAGGAGACUAAAAUUGACGCCAUCAAAGUAACAAGCCAAAAAACGCAGAAAAAGAAAGCUGUGUUCAAAGAGAGGUUCACGAAAAGGGGCGAGACUAAUGAGAAGAGAAAGCAUAAGCAUUCCACAGGAUCAACAUACAUCUCUGAUAGGAACAUCACCGAACGGGAUAACUUCUUCUCCUGCUACGAAGAUGAAAAAGAAAUUUUUGAAAAGCAAAUAAACGAAGAAAUAAAUAUACAAUGUCAGCCUCUAAGUGUCCUGUACUUUGAUGCAUACUACACCGGAAUGAGUAACGUCAAAAUGAUUGUCCUGAACAAUCACAGCCUACUCUGCUUCAAUAACGAAAAGGUUAUACAUCUACACUUAGUGUGGGUAAAAUUUGUGAGCGCAAUAUUUUACCUCAUCCAUUUGAAAAACUUCUUGUCCGCAAAGUUGAUUCAUGAGAUGUGCAAAAAUGGGCUUUACAUGAGUACCACUAUUUUUAAGGCGGCCAUUAGUUUUUACCAGUUUGAUUAUUACGCCUAUCUGCUUUUGGACCAUACGAAGAGGUUGAACCGUGAUACCUUCGCCGGGCUCUUCAGCGGGGGAAGAGACGGAACACGUGAACCCGUUAUCCAGUUAGAGGGAGCUGAAGACAACUUUGACCGCCUACAGUCCAGUGCCCUCUACGAUGUACAGUACGCCCUUCACCCCGUAGUUGUGCAGGAAAACAACAACAGCGGAAACAAUAGAAGCAUCUCAUCCGAGGGCCCCCUCCCCCCUAGUGAAGUGUACUUGAUAUUCACGCACUACAUAAAUCUGAGUAGCCAAAGAAAAGAAAAACUAUUCAUGAGCCGGAACAUCAGCUUCUUCACUUCCUCAGUCUAUAAAAAUUUGUUCAUUGUAUAUGAUUGCUUCAAGAUGACGAUUGUUACCAAGCCUGGGAACAGAAAUCUCAGUUCACAAGGAAGAAAUAGAACCCAUUUACUAGUAAGGCAGAAAAGAAAAUGCAAAGUGGUAUGCCAGAUCCCUGGACAGGCAAAACUUAGAAAUUUUAAUAUGAACACAGAACUGGUGGACUAUGAUUCCAUAGACUUAAACAUGUAUUCCGACAUGCUUUCUUUUUAUGUGAAUUCACGUUGCAAUGAUUAUAUGAACUCAUUGAUAAAGAAGAAUUUUAUUUUUUAUCAAGGAAAGGGGACCCUCUGUAAUAUAUUUCUUAAUCGUGACGCUCGUGUAAAAGGGGAGAGUAUGUUGAGAAGAGGUACACAUACAUUGCCAUCCAGGAAAAUGAUUACUCCUAUGUAUAGCGAUGGCGUUGGUGCAAACUCUUCCCUCCGAUUGCCCUACUGCAGUGACAGCAACGACGUAGGAGAACACCCUCUGAACGCUCACAGUACAGAAGAAAUUAAUUUUUUAAAAAACGUAUUCGUUAUCCUACACAGUAAUGACAGUGAGGAUGGGAAAGACAUUCACAAAAGAAAUCCAAUGUGUGAAGAAAGCGGUGCGGACGCUUGCAAAAAAUACAAGUGCGGUGUUGGAUAUACCAUCGAUCAAGUGAACCCAGAGAAACUGAUAAACGACAUUAAGGUACAUGUCCUUAAGGGAGAUUCCAAAAAAUACGAUAAUGUGCCUUGCACUAUUUUGUUGAAAAAAUUAAUUAAAGUAAAAAAUGAUUAUAUUAAUGUGAAGGAUUAUUUUUUAAAAAAAAAAAAAAUCAACUUAGACUCUCUUCCCACUGAUGUUGAGGGGAAAAUAAAUUUGCUUGAACAAGUUGUAAAGGUGUACUACUUUUUCUUGGAUUUGAAUUUUUACUAUGAAAGAAAAUUUGAAAAAAUUAAAAAAAGGAUUAUCCAUUCGUUAGCAGUGGACGUUAUACAUUUUAUAAAAUCCCAUGCGUCUAUUCAAAAUAUGAGCAAAGCCUUGAUUGAAAAAAACACCACAUUGGUCAAGGACAUCCAACUAUGUUACCAAAAGCACCAACUAAUUCAAGAAAAGUUUAAUUUGCUCAGGAAAAGAAUUCUGCUCCAUAGUUUGGUGAACACGGAACGGUUCACAGUGAAAUGGGCAAACUUGAACGAGGGGUAA